AUGGGGUCCGGAUCUUUCCUCAAGGUGCUGGCCAAGAACUUCGACGUCCUCGCCGGGCCACUAGUUUCGCUUGCUUAUCCUCUAUAUGCUUCUGUGAGAGCAAUUGAAACAAAAUCUCAAGUAGAUGAUCAGCAAUGGCUUACUUACUGGGUGCUGUACUCGUUUAUCACUUUGUUUGAGCUCACUUUUGCUCCGAUACUUGAAUGGCUUCCAUUCUGGCCCUAUGGAAAACUGUUCUUCAACUGCUGGCUAGUCUUUCCUUGCUUCAAUGGUGCUGCUUAUGUUUACGAGCAUUUUGCGCGGCCAAUGUUUGUGAAUCGCCAAAUAGUCAACAUCUGGUACGUUCCAAGGAAGGAGAAGUUGAGUAAAUCUGAUGACGUACUCUCAGCCGCUGAGAAAUAUAUUGAACUAAAUGGACCGGAAGCGUUUGAGAAGCUAAUUAGCAAGUCUACAAGUACAAAGCCUUCAAAGUUUAGGAGCACGAGGCGGUCAAUCUUGCAGGAGGCGGAAGCUGAAAAGAUGGGCAAGGCUGAGAGAGAUUCAUGGGGUGAAAAUCCAUUCUACGAUAAAAAUUACCGACACUAA